AUGAGACCUCAAGCCAUAUUGCCAGACGCCCUCUCCGCUGUGGGUGAGACGCCGCUCAUUCAACUGAACCGGAUCCCACAGUCAGAGGGCAUCAAGUGCAACGUCAUGGUCAAGUGCGAGUUCUUCAAUGCGGGCGGUAGCGUCAAGGACCGCAUCGCUCGUCGCAUGCUUCUCCAGGCCGAACAGGACGGCACCCUUAUCCCGGGCAAGUCGGUCGUCAUCGAACCCACCAGCGGCAACACGGGCAUCGGUCUGGCCCUCGCCUGUGCCAUUCGAGGCUACCGCUGCAUCAUUGUUCUCCCCGAAAAGAUGUCGGCCGAAAAGGUUAACACGCUUCGUGCGCUGGGCGCCGAAGUGAUCCGCACUCCCACCGAAGCUGCUCAUGAUGAUCCUCGUUCCAACAUCAUGGUCGCUCGUCGUCUCGCCAAGUCGAUGCCCAAUGCCGUCAUCUUGGACCAGUACAACAACCCCAACAACCCCACCGCUCAUUGGGCCACUGCCGAGGAGAUCAUUCAAGCCAUCAAGGCCGGCCCUGCUCCUCCCUCCUCUACUUCACUCCUGCACGGCAUGGACUCUCUCUCGCUCACCAAUGACAAGGAGCCGCUCGAUUCGGCCAACGCGCGCCCUCUCACUCCUGAUUCCAACCGCGGCGCCGACGAGCUCAACGGCUCCACCCAGACUUUUUCGAACAAGGUGGAUGUCUUUGUGGCCGGUGUAGGCACCGGUGGCACCAUUAGCGGUAUUGCUUCGCGUCUCAAGCGAGCUGACCACAACCCAGACUGCUUUGUGCUCGGUGUGGACCCGAUCGGCUCGGAUCUGGCUCUGCCUGUCUCGCUCAACGCGCUUCCCGAGGGCAGCGAUGGCUCGUACAAGGUCGAGGGCAUCGGCUACGAUUUUGAUCCCAACACGCUCAACAAGAAGGUGAUUGACGAGUGGUACAAGACCGAGGACGAGCAGAGCUUUGUCUACGCGCGUCGUCUGAUCAAGGACGAAGGCAUUCUCGCCGGAGGCUCCUCGGGUGCCGCGGUCAAUGCGGCGAUCAACUGGCUCAAGCCCGGUGGUGCCGGUUGGGACAAGUUUGGCUCCAAGGCUGGUCUCAACGCCGUCGUCGUUUUGCCUGACAGCAUCCGAAACUACAUCACCAAGCCUUGGCUGGUUUCGGAGGCCAAGGCUGAACGUCGCCAGGACGAGAUUGACUUUGACCACUUUCAGUAG